AUGCGAGAUGACGAAGAGGUGGCUUUUCAAGCAGUUCAUGAGAAUGGAUGUGCCAUAGAUUAUGUGUCAGAUCGUCUGCAACGAGUUUACAAAAUUGUUUCUCGAGCCUACAAAGAACUAGAAGAACGUUUCAAACAAUGGAUGGAAUAUUGGGAAAUGAGAAUGGCCGACGAAGAGGAGAAUGAGCUCAAAAGAAAACCAAUUCCUCACGACGGCGACGAGGAUGAUGAAGUAGAUGAUGAGAACGAUGAUUACGAGGUGUCAUGCAAGAAAGCCAAGGUUGAAUUGGAACACUUGUGA